CUGAGAAGGCAUUGGAUUUUUGGUCUGCGUGGAAGUUCUCGGGUGGACCCCUGAGCAUGGAACACACCCAUGACAGUGACGGUAGUUCCAGCAGCAGCCGCCAGAGCCUCAAGAACACAGCCAAAUGGGCGGCCUCCCUGGAGAAUCUGCUGGAAGACCCAGAAGGCGUGAAGAGAUUUAGGGAAUUUUUAAAAAAGGAAUUCAGCGAAGAAAAUGUUUUGUUUUGGCUAGCAUGUGAAGAUUUUAAGAAAACGCAAGAUAAGAAGCAGAUGCAGGAAAAGGCAAGGGAGAUCUACACGACCUUUCUGUCCAGCAAGGCCUCCUCACAAGUCAACGUGGAGGGACAGUCUCAGCUCAAUGAAAAGAUUCUGGAAGAACCACAUCCUCUGAUGUUCCAGAAACUCCAGGACCAGAUCUUCAAUCUCAUGAAGUACGACAGCUAUAGCCGCUUCUUAAAAUCUGACUUGUUUUUAAAACACAAGCGAACCGAGGAAGAGGAAGAAGAUCUGCCCGAUACGCAAACUGCAGCGAAAAGAGCUUCCAGAAUUUAUAACACAUGAGCCCCCAAAGAGCCAGGACUGGCAGCUUUAAGAAGCAAAGGAACCCACUCUCAGGACCGUGCAGGGUUUAUAACUGCUUAUUAUGUGCAAGGACUGAAAUGUACAAAACCCUUCAAUGGGGUCUGUAUUUUUUUGUUAACUGCUUUACCAGUAAGCUUUGCAUGAUGGCUAAUCUUACAUAAAAACAAAUAGCUUUGAAGUUUUAGUUCACAAGACAGAGAUUCCUUCAACACUGGACACUUGGAGCAUUUUAUAGCUUGAUUAAACUUCAUGAGAGGCCA